GGCAACCCUGCAGUCACGUGACUCCCAGACAGCUCUCCAAGUGGCAGUGUAUCAGAUCCACUUUGCAGCCACGGAGCUCAAAGUUCCAAAAAGCAGUGGACCACAUCACUCACCUAUUAAGCUGCUGCUGCAACAACAACAACAACAACAACAACAAGAUGUUCUGCAGGAGGGUUUGGCAGAGACUCGGUCCAGGGGUCCUGAGGGUCUUCACACCAACAUUUAGCAAAGCUCCAGUGCGACAUAUGGCCUUAGGAGUUCCUGGGGGCUCCACCAACAUGGCUUAUUUUGUUCUGUGUGGAGGAGGCCUGACUGCUGCAGUUGUCUAUGCCUACAAGACUGUCAAUGGUGAUAUUGAGCGGUAUGAGGACAGACUCGCCAACAUGGCCUCCACAGCAAAAGCUGAUGAAGAGGCUGCACCUGAAGUCAUCCCAGUCAAGCAGCAGGUGCUGGCUUCCGAAGCGGUCGCAGAGUCCGUCGCCGCUCCUGCAGAGGGCGCUGUUGAGCCUGUUGAUGAGAGUGCAGCACCUGAAGUAGACGCUGGUGAGGUCUCAGAGGUCCUCUCCACUGAGGAGGAGGAGGAGGCUGCUGCAGAAGAGACUGUGGCUUUGGAGGAAGUAGUUGAAGAUACCCUCGUCACAGAUGAGGUGGAGACCCCAACGGAGGCCCCUUCAGCUGAGAGUGCGGGUACAUCAGUAGUGGAUGAGGCCCUCCCUCCUGGUCCGGCUGCAGACAUGUCUGCAUGAAGCGUGUGGUGGUUAGACAGAAGUUAGACGUGCACACUCCCACCUCUUCACUCCCAGGAAACAGGCUCAUGGACCCCAACCGAAGCAAUCUUUGUGUCUUUCGAUGAAAACUAGUUUGGAGUCCAUCAGUCUAAUUCUUUGGAGUCUUCCUUCCCAUGACCUCCCCACCUAUUCAUUCAGAUCCACGCUUUAAACUUAAAAUUAAGUUGCUUUUAUGGGAGUUUUCAUCACCAUUGCAGUAAUAAAAGUGUGUUCAGUCACAGGCGUGUGCAGGGCAGGGAAACCAUUGUUUCACUUAGUUACUGCUUUUAUUUCUUUCCCUUCUUUAAUUUUUUUAAAGAUUAACUGACUUUUACAUUUUUUUUACAUGUACUAACAUGAUUUAGUAUGUUUUUAAGUUUUUUUUUGUAGGUCAUCAAAACUAUUUGUUAUGUCGCUAUAAUAAUAAAAUAAAGAUAAGAAGAAACUAACCAUUUAAAGAAGGCCUCUUUGUCACCUAUGACAAACAUUUUAAUAACCCAGCAGAUUUUAGCCUGUUUCAUGAAGUUAGUUGCGUAAAAUACAUACAGUACAGGCCAAAAGUUUGGACACACCUUCUCAUUCAAUGGGUUUUCUUUAUUUUCAUGACUAAUUUACAUUGUAGAUUGUCAUUGACCGCAUCAAAACUAUGAAUGAACACGUGUGGAGUUAUGUACUUAAAAAAAGGUGAAAUAACUGAAAAGAAAAAUUAUAUUCUAGUUUCUUCAAAAUAGCCACCCUUUGCUCUGAUUACUGUUGUGUACACUCUUGGCAUUCUCUCGAUGAGCUUCGAGGUAGUCACCUGAAAUGGUUUUCACUUCACAGGUGUCAUAGUUGUGAUGCCUUCAGUGACAAUAGUCAUGAAAAUAAAGAAAACACAUUGAAAUGAGAAGGUGUGUCCAAACUUUUGGCCUGUACUGUCAGAAGUACAACGAUACAACAACUUGUUAUGGUAAUGUAAGCUUGGUAAACAUAAGCAAUCACUUUUAUUUGGGUUAUCAGUCUUCUUUUUUGUUGACAAACUCUGAUCUCCUUCUGCUCAAUAAAUACUUUAAUUGA